UGGGCGAGCGAGCUAACAUCUUGGCUCUUUAAAAAUUAGUAUCUGAUGUAGCGCGAAUCUAUUGUGAAUUGAAAAAUUGUGAAAAAUGGCAGAGACAGACUACAGGAUAGCUGUGCAGCUGCAGAAGCUGUUCCAAAUGGACGAAACGUACAGCACACCGAAACUGUACACAAAGGAUCAAGAGUUGGCUGCAGAGUUGCAGAAACAAUUUGAGCAAGAGCAACACAUAGAAGCACCAACAAACUCUCUGGUAUACAAAACAAACAAGAACAAGGACUCGACAAAGUCACUGGUUGAUCCAUCCUGGGAACUCAUUGAUCCAACCCCAAACAUACACAAUCUGUUUAUAGCUUUCAAUCAGCAGUUCUUCUGGAACAAGUUGCUGGCGGUCUGCGUGUCAUGGAGCAAGAGGAUGACAACUUGUGCUGGUAUUUGCUCUUAUCAAGGAAGAGGUGGUCUCUGCAGUAUAACUCUGAGUGAGCCCCUGUUGAAACUGCGUCCUCGCAAGGAUCUCGUGGAGACUCUGCUGCAUGAGAUGAUACAUGCUUUUUUAUUUGUGACUAACAACAACAAGGACAGGGAUGGUCAUGGACCUGAAUUUCAUAAACACAUGUACAGGAUUAAUGGAGAUGCUGGGACUAAUAUUACAGUUUAUCAUGACUUUCAUGAUGAAGUGAAAUUGUAUAAAACACACUGGUGGAAAUGCGAUGGGCCCUGUCAGCAUAGGAAACCUUUCUUUGGGAUGGUCAGAAGAGCUACAAACAGAGCCCCGAAUCCAAGAGAUUUCUGGUGGGGUGAGCACAGUAGGACAUGUGGAGGGACUUUCAUCAAGGUUAAGGAGCCUGAGAAGACGGAGAAGAAAAAGAAAACGUCUGAAAAGGAAAAUAAUAAACCAAAGAAUGCUGGUGAUAUCAGGUCGUAUCUGCCUACUGUUACAAAGAAGCCAAGCACAAGCACAAAACCCACUGCAGACAAAAUACUCACACCAAAGAAUAAUACAGUAUUACCAAAAAGCAACAUACAUGGGUUUGGUGGGGACUCUGUGAGGACUGGGAAUAAUAAUGGUUUCAACAACAACGCUAACAUCAAAAAUAUCCACGGUUUCCACGAUAUUGAUAAACUUAGGAAAACUGCUGGAGGUGUUAGCAUGAACGCUGGGACUAUUGUGAUUAAUAAGAAGCCUAGCACAUCCACGCAAACUGAUGAUAAACCUGUGGAAAAGAUUAUUAUUCCAAGGUUUACUGGAUCUGGGAAAGCAUUAGGUAGUAGUACUAUUACAUCAAGUGAGACUUCAACAGCCAUCUCGAAAUACAUUAAUAAUUAUGGUAACCAGAUAAACUCCUCUUUAAAAGUGGAUGAUCAUUACACUUCAGUGAGAAACCAUUGGGCGAAUCGAUUCGAAUCUCAAAACAGCAAAAAGCGGUUAUCCGAUGAACACAUUCAGAAAACACCGAAGAAACCGAAGAUCGCUGAUAUAAAGACUGUUCCUUGUCCAGUCUGCAAUAAGCAAAUAGCAGACAGCGAAAUCAACAGACAUUUAGAUAAUUGUCUAAAUGGAACUCCGGAUGCUAAUUGCGACCAAAUUAUAGACAUAUCCAAAGAUGCACCGGACUUGGUCGAAUGCGAGAUUUGCAAUGAUUUUAUGCAAUCCGAUGAAUUAGCCAAACAUAAAGAGCACUGUAUGCAGAACAUCAGCAUGGCUUUUGAUACGUCCAUGGACUACAAGGAGUGCGAUAUCUGUAAAUCUAAAGUUGAUAGCAUGAUUUACGAUGUGCACGUGGCCAGCUGCUUGAUGAAGUGUUACGAUGAGGUGGAGGAAAGGUACAAACCGGAAAAGGGUGAUCAAGUGCCGUGCCUGGUUUGCAAAAAGUUGAUUGCCAAAGAACAAUUGGAUAAGCAUUUGGAUGACUGCAUGAGCAACGAGAAUGUUUUUGAAAGUGAGAAGGAAGCGAACGAAUUCUUGAAUGACAACAGUCUCGUUGAUGAGUACAGCAAUACCUUCGAGAUAUUCGACAGUGACUCUGAGAAGGAUCAGUUCUUGAACGAUACCAGUUUGAUCGAUGAUUACAAUAAUAGUAAUUGCAAUUAAUGUUAAUAUUUACAUAUUUAUUUUAU